AUGGCUAUUCAUUUAUUAACGUCAAAAAUUCCUCGUGGAACUGUUGAAGCAGCAUUAAAUUAUGAAGCGAGUAUGAACAAAUUCAAAGUGUUGUCGAAAAGCGCUAUUACGUGGGCAGUUCUGGCUUUUAUGCUUUUUGGGGUGUUUUGGUCGGACUGUGCUUUAGCAACAUUGUUGAUUGGUAAAAUUUUGCCACUGGUUAAUGUCCAACCUAUAAUACGGCCUCUCGUAAUGCUUAUACUAUUGUUUAGUUGUUUAAACGCUCUUGUUUGUGCAUUUUUUGCUGCUGAAAAAUAUUGGCAAAAUUUUCGCUGCUACAAUCAACUGGCUGAACAAAAAAAUAUGAUGAGUACUAAUGCCAGAAGUGGUUAUAAAUUAUCGAUAUCCUUUGCUAAAAAUACAAAAUUUUUAUUUGACUGGUUAUCAGCAUUGCGCUUUGGCUCAGCAAAAAGUACUCCAUAUCGAAGUGCAGAAAUACGUGAAGGUCUUAUGGAAUCUCUAAAAGCAAAAGUUGGUUUUCCUAAAUCUUCGUCCAGUCGCCCUAUAAAUUCCAUCCAAACCUCAAAACAAGUCCAGGAUUUUUUGGAUAAGAGCUCUUUUUUGGAUGCAUCAGUUAUUAAUUGUUCGUCACCUAGCAGCAAUCGAUUUAGUCAUUCCGGAAGUUUUCCACAGUUACAGUUCAACCCAUCAUCUACAGGAAGUUCUACAUACCAACUUGGUAUUUCGAUGAGUGAGGAUGAUCAAGCAAAAGCUUCAAAUGAUGAAAACGGGGUUGUUUCACUUGUUACAGGUACCAUUGUUAUUACUUUAAAGAAAUGUAGCAGAAUUAAAUUUACAAGUUCACGUGUCUCGUUAUCUCCAAUUCCUCUUAACCUUGUUGAUGUGCCAUUAGAUGUUACUGGAGGUUCACCAGUUGAUAAAAAUAUUUCGAAUGGAGCGUCCAAUAUAAACGAUGAUAAAGAAGAUAAUAUAUCAUUUCGUGUAGCCCAUAAUGCUUCUCGGAAUAUUGCUAAAAAAUCGGUUUCUUCAACUCCACCUACCCUUCAACGAUCAAAUAGUAUUGAACGUCGAAAAGCUAUGAGUCCGAGGACGCGUCAUUUAGCCAAUUUGUCCGAUAGCCCUUUUGCUGCACUGCUUUCUGACACAUCUCCUGAGACAAAUUUUUCUACAUUCACUCGUCAAAUCCCGCUCACAUCAGAUGAAAUUAUGAGCCAAUAUAAGAUAGAUGCCAAACGUUUUGCGAUUGGUGAGCGAUAUCUUAGAAUAUGGAUCUCGCAAACCAUACUUUGUCCUCUUGUUUCAUCUAUUGAUGAUGUUAAUCAAAUUCUUUCUAAGGAAUAUGCCCAUUCGCAUUUGAAGAUCGGUCAGUCAUCGAUCGAUGCUCUAGAAUCAGCAGUUUCUUCGAAAGUUGAUCUGUUGAGUACAUCUUUGCCUUAUAUUAUUCCUUACCUAAAAGUACACGAGAAGCAAGCCUAUGUCGUAGAACGCGCUCGAACUCUUGCUAAAGACUCUUGUAUGAAAGAAUAUUAUUGGAAUUCCGGUGGAGACGAACCAUUAGAGUUUGUGAAAAAUGGAGGAUUCAAGGCGUAUAAUCCUACAUACGGACCGUGGGGUGAACAUUUACCUACGGAUGCUGCCUUAAUUUGGUCGUGGUUUUGUGUAUAUUUUGAUACAAAAUUGUCUGUUCACCCAUUGGCGGAGAAUCUUCAAGGGCCCUUUUCUUCUAUUUAUUUCCUCAAAAAGCCUUUUAGGCCUUCAGCUAUCCAGUGUUCAAAGGACUCGUUCUAUAUACAUCAAAAUAACGUGCAUCCCCCUCAUUUUGAAUUAGUUAUUCGUGGUGGUCGCGAGCGUUUUGAAGUUGGGCGUGGUCCGAGAAAUCUUUGGCGAAUUAUUCUUCUUUUCAUUCAGCAUGCAAGGCUUUUCAAUAAUAACUGUUUUGGGAAUGUGCGUCUUGAUGAAACUGGUGCCAAUAUUUCAUGGGUUCUUGACUAA